AUGAAGAACCCUCCGUUUCUUCCAAUUGGAAGCAUAAUCCACGAUAGAGAUACAGAUGAGUCCUUUGAGAUAACUGCAAUGAUAGGGCGUGGGGGCUUUGCCCAGUGCUUUUCAGUGCGCAAUUUGAAGACGCACUUGGAUUUUGCAGCCAAAAUAAUUAAGAAAUCAGAGCUGGUGCGGGCAAAGAACAAGCAGAAGUUGCUUUCAGAGAUAAAAAUUCACUUGUCUGUGAACCACAAGAACAUAGUGAAGCUCUUCACAUAUUUUGAAGAUAAAGAUUUUGUAUUUCUGAUUAUGGAAAUAUGCCGCAAUAAAAGCAUGAUGGACCUUCUGAAAAGAAAUAAGUUAAUAGAGGAAAAAUAUGUAAGAAUAUUUCUUCUCCAGAUUAUUUCAGCUCUAGACUAUUUGCAUCGGGAGUGCUCGGUGGUGCAUAGAGACAUGAAGCUUGCCAAUUUAUUUCUAGAUGACGGAUUCAACAUAAAAGUAGGCGACUUUGGGUUGGCUGCUGUGAUUGACAGAGAGGAAAGAAAGAAAACAAUAUGUGGAACGCCCAACUACAUAGCACCUGAGGUGCUGUUUGGGUCUGAGGGCGGGCACUCCUUUGAGGUUGACAUUUGGUCUGUUGGCGUGGUGGUGUACACCAUGAUAGUUGGAAAGCCGCCAUUUCAGAAAAGCAAUGUGAAGGAGAUAUACAAGUCAAUAAAAACAAAUAGCUACACAUACCCAGAAGACUGCAAGAUAUCCAAAGAGGCAAAAGAGCUGAUUUCGGGCCUGCUGGAGCUAGAUCCGCGGAAGAGAUACACGCUAGAGCAGAUAUACACCUCAGACUUCAUCUGCGCAGGCGCAAACAACUCCGCAGGAAAGGCGAAGAUUCCAUUUUCAAGCGAGCACAGGUCGGAAGAGCCGCCUGCAAAAAGCCCAAAACAGAUAUCUCUUGAGUCGCAUCCAGCUGCAGCUCAAAGUGCCCCUCCUCUAGGCGCUUCGUCUACUAUGCCAGAGAGGCACGGUGGCCUCACAAAAACAGGAAACACAAUAGGCAGAACAAAUCCUGCAAGCACGGUUCUGCGCGCACCUCCUAUCAAAAUGGGGCUUUUGUCGUCCGUGCACAUGACAAUUCUCACCCUGCUAGAUGCGUAUAGAAGCGCAGAAAUUCCAAUAAGCCAAGAGUGCAAGGAUGACUUUGUCAUACACACAGUGGACUAUACGGAUAAGUAUGGGCUGGGAUAUAUUCUGACCUCUGGAACAGUGGGAAUUCUGUUCAAUGACUGUACCUCAUUGGUUCUAAGAAAGGACGCAGUGAAUCUUGUAAGAAGAAGAGUGCCAAACUACGAAUUUGAGUACUUUGAGCAUAAGGUGUAUGGAACGCAGAAGAUAAUCACAAAAGAGAAGUACACAGCUGAAGCAGCAGACAGCAAGCUUGAUAAAAAAAUACUGCUAGUGGGGCACUUCGUGCAUGGCCUAUUCAAAAAGUCUCCAGCCAUAGAGGGCAGGCUUCUUGACCAGUCUACAUUUGUCAUUAAGCAUGUGAACUUUGCAAGAGGGCCUGUUCUGAGGCUGAGUAAUCGGGUCAUUGUAUUUAUAGUAGAUGGAAGUGUUCUUGUGUUCCACAGCGAAGGAAAGGGCAUAUACUACGGAGGAAGGGGAUAUAUAGAAAGAGAUGUGCUAGAGUACUGCAGAGAGGUUCUGACCAUACUCCUCAAGAAAUAA